ACUGAAUUCGUUGGGAAUGGGCGCGUAAAAACAAGGCCACUCUCUCCGCAGUUUCAGGCCUCUCAUACUUUUCCCGCUUGACUCUCCCAACACCAACUCUCUCCUCUGCAUCAAUUUCAAAGCCUUUCACUUCAGCUUUGAACGUAAAUCUGAAUCCCAAUCAAAUGGCCUCCCUUCGUAUUCGUUCACUUCUUCCCCUCCGUUUCUCCAUUCACGCGACGCUGCUUUCAUCUUCUCCACUCCAGCAAGGGAUUUCUAUAGGCUCUCGAAGCUACAGCGUCGUUGAAUCGUCGGAACAUUGUGCAUUGAAGACUGAGUGUGAGGAGAUAGCCGCGCUCCGUCGCGAAUUUGAAGCCGCUAAACAGAGUUUUAUCAAUAUGCCCGAUGCGCUCAGAGAAAUGCCGAAAAUGAAUCCUAAAGACAUAUAUGUGAAUAAGAAUUUGAGAUUGGACAAUUUGCAAGUUUAUGGAUUCGAUUAUGAUUACACGUUGGCGCAUUACUCGUCCGAUUUGCAGACUUUGAUAUAUGACCUUGCCAAGGAGUACAUGGUUAAUGAGUUUAGGUAUCCGGACAUUUGCAUGAGUUUUAAAUAUGAUCCAACUUUCCCCAUUAGAGGGCUAUAUUAUGAUAAGUUGAAAGGGUGCCUCAUGAAGCUGGAUUUCUUUGGUUCAAUUGAGCCAGAUGGAUGCUACUUCGGUAGACGCAGGCUAAGCCAAAGGGAAAUCCGUGACAUGUAUGGCACACGGCAUAUUGGUCGUGAUCAAGCUCGAUCACUAGUUGGUUUGAUGGAUUUCUUCUGCUUUAGUGAGGCAUGUCUCCUUGCAGAUAUAGUGCAAUACUUCGUUGAUGCUAAGCUAGAAUUUGACACUUCCUACAUUUAUGAAGAUGUUAUUCGUGCAAUUGAUCAUGUCCACCGAAGUGGCCUGGUUCAUAGAGGAAUUCUUGCUGAUCCACAAAGAUACUUAGUGAAAAAUGGAAAGAUAUUACGUUUUCUUAAGAUGCUAAGGGAGCGAGGGAAGAAGCUUUUCUUGUUGACUAACUCUCCUUAUUUCUUUGUGGAUGGAGGGAUGCGUUUUAUGUUAGAGGAUUCUAUGGAUUGUAGAGACUCCUGGACGGAGCUGUUUGAUGUUGUGAUUGCUAAGGCCAAUAAACCACAGUUUUAUACAUCUGAGCAUCCAUUCCGUUGUUAUGACACACAGAAGGACACAUUAACUUUUACCAAGGUUGAUGAAUUUCUUCCAGAUAAAAUUUAUUAUCAUGGGUGCCUCAAAUCCUUUCUCCAAAUUACCAAGUGGAAUGGCCCAGAGGUGAUAUAUUUUGGAGACCACCUAUUUAGUGACUUGAGAGGGCCCUCAAAGGCAGGUUGGCGCACAGCAGCAAUCAUCCAUGAACUAGAGAGCGAAAUACAAAUCCAAAAUGAAGAUGGCUACCGUUUUGAGCAGGCAAAGUUUCAUAUUAUACAGGAGCUACUUGGUAAGUUGCAUGCAACAGCAGCUAAUAGUCUGAGAACUGCAGCUUGCAAUUCACUUCUGGAAGAACUUAAUGAGGAAAGACAAAAAGCACGCAACAAGAUGAAGAUGAUGUUUAAUAGAUCUUUUGGAGCAACAUUCCUCACUAGCACAGGACAAGAAUCCGCUUUUGCUUAUAACAUUCAUCAGUAUGCUGAUGUUUAUACCAGUAAGCCAGAGAAUUUUCUUCUGCAUUCACCUGAAGCAUGGCUUCAUGUUCCCUUUGAUGUCAAAAUCAUGCCUCAUCAUGUGAAGGUUCCGUCAAGCUUGUUCAGAACCGGAUGAACGGUCUUCGAAAUCAUUCAAUCUUUGUGACAUUCCGUCGUUCUAACUCAUGGAAUAAUGAUGUUGCAAUUCUAGUAAGUAUUCACCAGUGAGAGGUGCAACUGGAAGACAGUUAUUGCGGCAGUAACGUGCAUUCGAUUAUAUUCUUUUUGUUCUUGAUUUCGUCUUUUCAUCGUGACGUUGCUGACAUUGCCUGGUAUGCAUCAAUUGAUUAUUAAUAGAGAAAGAAAUUCAUAAAAAUGAAAGCCCCAAUACAUAGAAAAGGGUUUAUUUCCUUAUGGUUCAUUUUAGCAAGAAAAGUAAAGGCUUAACUGCAUUAUUUGUUUAUGAUUGACGAAAUGUAUUUCAGCACUUGUGGUAUUUUGAAAUUACUGAAAGAAGCAGAGUCUUCACCAUUUCAAUGACUGCUAAUACUGUGAAGGCAACUGCUGCUUAUCAAUGACAGCAUGUAGUUUUGUCGCUCCUCGUACCAGAAACUUACUACGUCCCACUGCGAAUUCAUUCUCGACUGAACCUGAGAAUUUCGCAUGUGCAGUAUUUGCAACAUAGAACAGCAAGGGUUGUACUUGUGAGGGUCAUAGAUUUUAAGAAUUCUAAUCCUUUUGCAGACAAUAAGCACUUUCUAAUCUGUCCUUGCUUAGGCUAUCUGUUUUACUUGAAACUCAGUAGCACAGAUCGUUCUGCUUUCACUGAAAUACGGUGGUCGGAAAAAAAUAAGACAAAUUUGUAAGAACUUCAAAAAUCGGAAUUGCCCAAUUAUGUGAGUAGGAGAAUUCAGCUUCACUCAAUAUUUAAAGUGAG